GCGCCGAGGCACCGCUGCCGGGCAAGCUCCUGUCGAUAAAGGCUGGCAAUGCGGCGCACACUGCGAAGGGCCCUAUGGUUCCACCGAUUCCGUCCCUUUCCUUUAAGGGCGUCGCGUUGAACAAGACCGUCGCGAAUGGCGUUCCUAAGAGCGUCAAAGCACCCUCCGCCGCGAAGAAGCCGGGGAAGAAACCCGAAAAGAAGCCUGGAAAGAAGAACGUCAAGAAGGGCGACCGAAAGCCCAAGCCGAAGAAGGCUGCCGGAGGAGCGAAAAAGCUCGCCGCCUUGAAGAUCCCAAAGGUCAAGAAGAAUGUCAAGGUACCGAAACUGAAGAAGGCCGUCAAGCCGGCAAAGGCGAAGCCUAUAAUUAAGAAGUAGUGGGCUGUCAUCAGUGAGGCCCACUAAGGAGUUACCGUGCAGUUGUAGGUUGUUGCUUUCAGUUAGGAAAAAAUAUACUGAGACCCGUGCGAAUAUAGAGCGUGGAACGUAGUUCACUCACACUGCCUCUUCUGUAAUCAAUAUAAGUAUCGGCGGACUUGCACUUGGUUACUACACUCCGAUUGAUAGAAUUUUCCUUUUUUUUUUAUGCUAUUAGAUAGAGAAAAAAUAUUUUGUAAGUAAUUGAAGUAGAUCUUAUGAUAUUGAGCGUGUUUUAUAUUAA